GCGACACUCCGUCCUCUGACACUGGCCGGGUCGAUCCAAGUGGUCUACCUCCCACCGCUGCAUGUGCACACGACGGAGCCGCACCUCACGGACUCGGCCGCCGUCGCUCCACUGCUCGGCUUCGUCCGCUCCCCGCGUGGACACUCGAGUUCCAGAGGCAGCUCGGGCUCGACGACUCCGGCCAGCGGUGUCGCAUGGCCGAAGCCCAACCCGCCCGAGGCGGAUCUGGCCGUCCUGGCCGAGACCAUGGAGACCGAGCCUGCCGACCAGAGCGCCUGCCAGCUGCGCUCGUCCCCCUCUGCCGAGGCCGGUCUGCUCUCCUCCCCGCUCCUCUUCAGCCUCGACUCGUGCGCUCGUUCGCCCGACGCCGAGUCCCCCACACACACACACGCACAGGCGCGCGCCGACACGUUCGGCUACCGAGCCACGACAGCCACGACGUCGCGAUGGAAUCGGCUCUCGCAAUGCAUCAAAUACGCUCUCGUCAAGUCGCCGCGGCGGACAGGUUGGUCUUCUUCAAUUCGCACAGCCCGUUUCAGAGGCAGUCCACGAUUUGUUGACAGUCCACGACCGGAUCGGGCUCGGCGUUUUCGCCAAAUUUCACUUUGCUCGGCUUCCCAACAGGUCUUCUCGUGUUUACGCGCUCCAGCCCGGAGGAGGAUACCUCUGGGAAGCAAUGAAAACGAGAGGCAUUCAUAA